AUGGCCAAACUCUACUUGAGCAUAAUCGUCCUGCUGAUUUUUUCCCCUUUCACUAUUUCAUGUUGGAUAAUUUAUCCGGACAAAUGCAGCCGGGGAUUGAUUCAGAUAUACCAAUGGCCAUCGGGUUUUGCUAGCCUCCACGUCCCCAAAUACACGGUUCAAAUCGUGAACGAGGCGUGGCAUGCUAAGGGCGUGUUUGAUGUACGAAUUGCUUGUCCCGUGUUUGCAUCUACAACCCUGAUUAAUCCCACGAUUUUUCGAAGGAUAGAUUUGAAAACCUGUCUUCUCAAUGAUGCCCAUUUCACCUGCUAUAUAAAUUCGUCUGCUGUCUACUCGCACACCAUUUUUGUUUCUGGGCACCCAUCUGAAAACCUCACCAACUCCGAUCACUAUCUAGUUUUCUGUUUGCGUGAGAAGCUUGAGAUGGAGAAAGCCGGGUUUUUGUUGUUGCUGCUUAUUCUAAAUUCAGUCUCCAGUAUAGUGACUGCUGUCGGCCCGCCGACAUGUCCUGCCGAUAUUACGAGCGAUUGCGGUGCGAAUGGUGGUGAAUGGGAAGGAGAGUUCUUUCCUGGCAUUCCAAAGAUUAAGUAUGAGGGGCCUUCAAGUAAGAAUCCUCUCUCUUUUAAGUGGUACAAUGCUGAAGAGGAAAUUCUUGGGAAAAAGAUGAAGGAUUGGAUGAGAUUUAGCGUUGCAUUUUGGCAUACUUUCCGGGGAACAGGGGCUGACCCUUUUGGUUCGCCGACUAAGGUGUGGCCGUGGGAAGAUGGCACGAAUUCUCUCGAAAUGGCAAAAAGAAGAAUGAGGGCGAACUUUGAGUUUAUAGAGAAGCUUGGUGUUGAUAGAUGGUGCUUCCAUGACAGGGAUAUUGCUCCAGAUGGUAAAACAAUUGAGGAAGCCAAUGCUAACUUGGAUGAAGUCGUUUCUCUCGCCAAAGAACUUCAGGGGACAAAGAUUCGGCCUCUGUGGGGAACAGCUCAGUUGUUUUACCAUCCCAGGUUCAUGCAUGGGGCUGCUACUAGCCCUGAAUUAGGAGUAUAUGUAUAUUCUGCAGCACAGGUCAAGAAAGCCAUGGAGGUCACACAUUACCUCGGUGGAGAGAAUUAUGUGUUUUGGGGUGGUCGAGAGGGUUAUCAAUCUCUUUUGAACACAGAUAUGGAAAGAGAGCUCAAUCACAUGGCGAACUUUUUCGAAGCUGCAGUUGCAUAUAAGAAGAAAAUUGGGUUCAAUGGAACACUGCUCAUUGAACCUAAACCACAGGAACCAACAAAGCAUCAGUACGAUUGGGAUGCUGCUACAGCGGCUAACUUCCUUCGUAAAUAUGGAUUGAUAGACGAGUUUAAACUGAACAUCGAGUGCAACCAUGCAACUCUGUCUGGUCACAGCUGUCAUCACGAGAUUGAAACUGCAAGAAUUAAUGGUCUAUUGGGGAACAUUGAUGCAAAUACUGGUGACCCUCAAGUUGGUUGGGAUACAGACCAAUUUAUGAUGGAUGUUGGAGAAGCAACAUUAGUAAUGCUCACCGUGAUUAAAAAUGGAGGAUUGGCGCCGGGAGGGUUCAAUUUUGAUGCAAAACUGCGGAGAGAGAGCACGGAUGUUGAGGACAUAUUUAUUGCUCAUAUAGCCGGAAUGGAUACUCUAGCACGUGGGCUACGGAGUGCUGCCAAGCUGAUUGAGGGCGGCUCGUUGAGUGAGCUUGUACGCAAGAGGUAUCAAAGUUUUGACACGGAAUUAGGAGCUGAAAUAGAGGCCGGUAAGGCUGAUUUUGACUUUCUCGAGAAGAAGGCCAUUGAAUGGGGAGAACCGAAAGUUGGCUCUGCUAAGCAGGAGUUGGCAGAGAUGAUAUUCCAAUCGGCAUUAUAG